AUGGCCUUUCCCACGCCCGCGCACCUCCGCUACCUCGCGCGACGGCAGCGCGUGGGCCUCGUCGUCACCCUCACCCCCGAGCCGCUCCCCACCAGCUGCCGCCCCAUCGACACCUUCGGCGUCAGACCGCUACAGUUCCUUCACCUGCCGAUCGCAGACUACGAGUCGCCCACCGAGGAACAGAUCGUGGCGUUCAUGAAGGAAGCCAGAGCGACCAUCAAGUCGGGCUACGGCGUCGUGGCCCACUGCCACAAGGGCUAUGGGCGUACGGGCACCAUCCUCGCGUGCUACCUCGUCGGCGAAGAGGGCCUGCAGCCGCAGCAGGCCAUCGACCUGGUCCGAGAGAAACGGCCAGGGUCGAUUGCGAGGACCCAGGAGCAGGUGGUGCACAUCUAUCACAAGUACUGGCUCCCCCAGCAUGGCGGCGGCCAUGGAGAGCGGGGCCAGGCAAUCCGGUGA